AAGGGAGACGCCAAAAAACGGUUGGCAACGCGCCGUUGCCUGGAGGCGUCCCCGUUGCCAUGGCACCCAGUGCCCCUAAUGAUUGGUGGAGCAAGGCUUGUGCCGCAGGGACGUCUGGGAGAGAAGGAGGCGCUGCGAGUUUCAAAGCGGCGGCCUCAGGUCCCUGUCACCAUCAUGCCCACUUCUGUGCCCCCCAGGGCCAGGCGGGGGGCAGCCCAUUCUACUCCAUCCUCCCCUGCUAGCUCUGACGAUGAGGGGGCCGGCAAGUCUUCCGUUUUCUCCUUGACUUCACCACGUUUCCACCAGAGUUUCCCAGGUUUCCACCGCAAGGAACGAGAGGAAGACGCAACAUCAGCUAGCAGUGGGUCAGGCUUCUCCAAGAGGAUUAAACACCAUGGUGCUGAGUACAUAAAAGAAACAAAAAAGAGAGAUCUAUUACCUGUGGAAAAUAAUCUCUCACCAUGGGAAGAAUGGUUCCUUUGCAAAGAGAAAGAGUUACGUGCUCGCUUACAAGCAAGAACUAUCGAGGCAAUGAAUCAAGAAAUUGAGAAAAUGAAGGAAAAACAAGAGCGUGAAAGGAAAAAAAAACUUGCUGAAGAGAGACACAGGGAGUGGGUCCAGAAAAAAAAUGAAGAGGAAAGGAAAGAAAGGGAGCGUAAAGUCAGCCAAAAAAUGACAGAAAAAGCAGCCAGAGAACUUGAGAAAGCACAAUCAAAGGAAAAAGCAAAAGAAAUGUACCAAGAAUGGCUAAAGAAAAAGAAAUCAGAAGACGUUCAGAAAAAGAAGGAAGAGAGGGAAAAGGAAAAGCAAAGGGAAGCUGAAUUACAAGAGAAAAAAGAAAAAUCUGAGAAGAUGUUUAAAGAAUGGCUGCAAAAUUCUAGAAACAAGCCCCGCCCAGCACCAGCUGGCUAUGCCUAUGUCAAUGGGAAGCUUACUGGAUAUCCAGAUGGAAGUGCCUAUCCAAUUCCAGCCUUCUACAACCCCAUACCUUGGAAACCAAUCCAUAUUCCUCCUAAGGAAGAGAAGUACGUUUCAGUGAAGAGCAAUAAGAGACCUAUAUCCAGUCACACAUAUAAGCCUUCUUCAAUGCCAUUUCCUAAAUCCAAGAACAAUCCUUGUAUUGAAUCAUUGUGCAGAAUUCGGAGAUAGUAUUGGGAGACUUUUCUGUUUUUUAAAUUUAAUUAAACCAGAUGUUGUAAGUUAAGAUGUUGUAUUAAGAUAAUUUUUUUAGAAGCAUUUAUAACAACUUUCUAGGUUUUUAAUUUUAGCUUGAAAAAUAAAGCACCUGGGACAAUGUAAACAAUAUUUUAAUGUAUAAUGUAUUUUUGUAUGGAAUAUAAUGUAUUUUGAGUCAUGUCUUAACAAUAAAAAUUAUUUUUAGCUUUUCCCCAAUAUUCUGUGUACUUAAGGUUCUAUACUUGUAAGUGUAACUCCUGGUGGUGCUGUGCUUGUUGUUGAGAUAGCUGUUGCUUUAAAACUUUAUUGGAAUGUCAUAGAAAAGGAAGAGAAAAAAUUUAGCCCCAACUAUACUAUGAGUGAACUUUUGGAUUUAAGCCUCUUUGGUCUUGCUAACAUCAAUAGAAUUCUGUUGGCUUGAAUCUUAAUUGCUUGGUUAGCUAAUUUCAGAAUGCAAUGUAUGAGAACCUUCUGAUGUUAUCUCUGUUAAAUGAUUUGUGAAAUGCCUUCUGUUAUGAAGAAGCAAUAAAUGUUCAUUGGUUAUAGCACUAUUAUAGUUGCAUUAUACGUUCUGCUAAGAAGUUUUGUUUUAAUCUUUGAAAGCAAUUAUGGAAGAAAGUGCACUGAUAGAUAGGCAACAGCAUCUUAUAGAACAAGUAACUGAUGGCUUUACAAAAUACCGUGUACUUUAAAGACAUUAAAGUCUUGCUGUUAUAAACAAAUUAUAUGCCAACAAUAACUAGAUACGUAAUUCAUAUCCAAUGUUUACUUUAAUUAGAAACUGAUCUUUCAAAAAGAGAGAUUUAUUAGACAUUUUAUACUUGAACCAUGAUUCUUGCACUGAUGGGCAGCUAAUGUAGAAUUGA